AUGGCCAGCUAUGCCUCCACUCCCAUCGACCUCCCCCAUCUCGCCACGGCCCUCCUCCGGCUCAGCCCGCUGAUGAUCUCGUCCGCCUCACUGAUGUGCGCCUGGGACCAACAGAACGCCUUCCGCUCCUUCCUGGCGCCUCAGCUCCUCCGCAAACCCGGCGACAUGUGCGCCCACGUCGUCGUGGACUGGUUCGCGGAAUUCGCCAAGCCGACCAAAUGGGUCAUCAUCCUGUCGUAUCCGUUUGCGCUGGUCUUUGCCCUCAUCAAUGCGUUUGGGGCCCCCGGCGCCGGGCUGCAUCCGCAGACCAAAGGGUUCUACAUUGCCGGCAGGGUCCUGUCUAUCCUGCAUUUCUACUUUGGCACGUGGUCGAUGAUGUGGAAUGCGCGGAUUUCGAGCAAGGAGCAUAUCGGUGAGAAGAACUACGAUGCACUGCGUGGCUGGUUGGCGAAUAAUGCAGCUAGGAUGUGUUGGGUGAAUAUUCCUGCUUGGAUGAUGUUUGUGUGCGCCACGGCGACUUUUAUUCGGCAUUGA